UCUAAUUCUCCAUCAGCUGCAGAAAAGACCAACCUCAGGAUUGUUCUUCUUGGGAAAACUGGAGUCGGCAAAAGUGCAGCAGGAAACAGGAUUUUAGGGACUAAAGCUUUUAAGUCUCAUCCAUCUUUUUCCUCUGUGACAUCAGUCUGUGAGAAGAAAACUGAUGAUUUUCGUGAUUUAAAUCUGGAUGUUAUUGAUACUCCAGGUCUGUUUGGGACUAAAAAAACUAAUGAAGAGGUUAUAAAAGAGAUUGUUAAAUGCAUCAACAUGGCGGCUCCUGGUCCUCAUGUCUUCCUGAUUGUGAUCCAACCAACCAGAUUCACACCAGAAGAUGAAAAAACGGUGGAAAUAAUUAAGACAAUGUUUGGAGAAGAAGCAGCCAGAUACACUAUGAUCCUGUUUACCCAUGGAGACGAGCUGAAAAAGGGAAACAUUAAAAUUGAAGACAUGUUAGAAAACCACCAACCUCUAAAACACUUCAUCAGUCAGUGCUGCAUCUUGGAGAAAUUAGAAGAUAAAUAUCAUGUUUUUGACAAUGAAGUUGAGGAUUCUGUUGAAGUCAGCAGAUUGCUGGAAAAGAUCCAAAGAAUGGUUCGGCGAAAUGGAGGAAGUUUCUACACCAAUAAAAUGGCAGAAAGAGCCAAACAGGAAGAAAUAGAACGACCACUUAGAGCUGCUGCUGCAGCUGCAAAGGAGAAAGAUCUCAGGAUUGUUCUUCUGGGGAUAACUGGAGUCGGCAAAAGUGCAUCAGGAAAUACUAUUUUAGGGAAAAGAGCUUUUGAGUCUAAACUCUGUUUCUCCUCUGUGACACCAGUCUGUCAUAAGGAUACCAAUUAUUUAUCUGGUUUAAAUGUGACUGUUAUUGAUACUCCUGGUCUGUUUGAUACAUGUGUAAGUGAACAAGAGGUCAUAGAACAGAUCACUAGAUGCAUCAGCAUGGCGGCUCCUGGUCCUCAUGUCUUCCUGAUUGUGAUCCAACCGACCAGAUUCACACCAGAGGAAAGUAAAACUGUGGAAAUAAUCCGGAAAAUAUUUGGAGAAGAAGCAGCCAGAUACACCAUGAUCUUGUUUACCCACGGAGAUAAGCUGAGAGAGGCAAACGUUAAAAUAGAAAAGAUUAUAGAAAGCAGCCAGUCUCUAAAAUACUUCAUCAGUCAGUGUGCCAUCCUCCAGAAAUUUGAAGAUAAAUAUCAUGUUUUUGACAAUGAAGCUGAAGAUCCUGCUCAAGUCAGAGGACUGUUGCUGAAGAUCCUGAGAAUGGUUCAGCAAAAUGGAGGAAGUUUCUACASCAAUGAGAUGUUCAGAGAGGCAGAGAGAGCAAAGGGAAAAGGUUCAGUGAGAGCAGAGAAAGAGGAGGGAUGUGUUAUUGUAUAGCUGCAGUUGAUUAAACCCUGAUUUUAAUUAACAAAAUCAGCUCUAAUAAUAACAUUUGAUAGUGUCAUUAAUUAGUUGCUGCAAUGUUUGAGCAGCUGAGGAAGGAAAAGCCAACRUCUCAUAAAAAGGUUGUUGGUUUGAUUCCCGUUUCCAUAGAGCCCAGCUUAUSAACUUGAUCAGCAGUGCAUUAAUAUAUGAAGUAAUGUAGGAGCUUUGAGCUGACAGCAAGAGGAGAAACAAAUGCAGCUAUUAACAAUAAAUUAUUGUAAGACUUCUAUUUCUGUGUAACUAUUGAUUACUUACCUUGUGAUUAGUGAUACCAAUCGUUACUUGCUGGACUACUUGAUGCAUAUUGUUCCGGUGAACUGCUAGGUAACCAGUCCCCUCUGUCACUCCCCUGCACCUUUCUGCAGCUCCUUUCUGCCUGUCGGUGAGGAGAACCAGGGGGACUCAAUCUUCAAUCUCCUAG